GGGCGCACAGAGGAGCGGUCCGCGGCGGUGAGCGGCGGAGCGCGGCCGCGCCAUGGGCUUCCUGCACCAGCUGCAGCUGCUGCUCUGGAAGAACGUGACGCUGAAGCGCCGGAGCCCGUGGGUCCUGGCCUUCGAGAUCUUCAUCCCACUUGUCCUCUUCUUCAUCCUGCUGGGGCUGCGGCAGAAGAAGCCCACCAUCUCAGUGAAGGAAGCCUUCUACACAGCGUCUCCCCUGACUUCUGCCGGCAUCCUGCCUGUUAUGCAGUCGCUGUGCCCAGAUGGCCAGCGGGAUGAGUUUGGCUUCCUACAGUAUGCCAACUCCACGGUCACGCAGCUGCUGGAGCGCCUCAACCGCGUGGUGGAGGAAGGCAACCUGUUCGACCCGGCACGGCCCAGCCUGGGCUCAGAGCUCGAGGCCCUGCGCCAUGAUCUGGAGGCCCUAAGCUCAGGUCCAGGCACCUGGGAGAGCCACUUGGAUAGACCUACAGUGUCCUCCUUCUCUCUGGACUCGGUGGCUAGGGACCCACGGGAACUCUGGCGUUUCCUGAUGCAGAACCUCUCACUGCCCAACAGCACGGCCCAGGCCCUCCUGGCUGCCCGUGUGGACCCGCCUAAGGUCUAUCACCUGCUUUCUGGCCCUUUGUCUGCCCUGCACCGGGAGUCAGGCUUCCCUAGGGAUCAGAUGCCUUGGAGCAGCCCGGGAAGCAAUCCCCUACUGUGGAUGGAGGAGCUGCUGCUGGCCCCUGCCUUCCUGGAGCAACUCACAUGUUCCCCAGGCUCUGGGGAGCUGGGCCAGAUCCUCACCAUGCCUGAGGGUCAGCAGUCAGCUCUUCAGGGCUACCGGGACACUGUCUGCAGUGGGAAGGCUGCAGCUCGUGCCCAGCGCUUUAGUUGGUUGGCUGAUGAGCUCCGGAACCAGCUGGACCUGGCCAAGAUCUCCCAGCAGCUGGGCCUGGAUGCCCCCAACAGCUCCGACUCCCAACAGCAGGCACCAUCCCCUCGGAGGCUGCAGGCACUUUUAGGGGACCUGCUGGAUGCCCAGAAGGUUCUGCAGGACGUGGAUGUCCUGUCAGCCCUGGCUCUGCUGCUGCCCCAGGGUGCCUGCGCUGGCCGGGCCCCAGUGCCUUCAGCUGGUGGCCCGAGUGGUGCAGCCAAUGGCACUGGGGUGGGUGCAGGUGCAGGCUCCAACAACACAGCAGAGGAAGGCCCCCCGGCAGCGGCAGCCCCGGCCUCCACAGACACACUGCAGGGCCAGUGCUCCGCCUUUGUGCAGCUCUGGGCAGGUCUGCAGCCCAUCCUGUGUGGGAACAACCGCACUAUUGAGCCAGAGGCGCUGCGGAGGGGCAACAUGAGCUCCCUGGGCUUCACAAGCAAGGAGCAGCGGAACUUGGGACUUCUUGUGCACCUCAUGACCAGCAACCCCAAAAUCCUAUAUGCACCCGCAGGCUCCGAGGCUGACCGUGUCAUCCUCAAGGCCAACGAGACUUUCGCCUUUGUGGGCAACGUGACUCACUACGCCCAGGUCUGGCUCAACAUCUCUGCGGAGAUCCGCAGCUUCUUGGAGCAGGGUGGUCUGCAGCAGCAUCUGCACUGGCUGCGGCAGUAUGUGGAAGAGCUGCGGCAUCGCCCCGAAGCACUGAACCUGUCGUUGGAGGAUCUGCCACCGGCCCUGCGCCAGGACAACUUCUCGCUGCCAAAUGGCACAGCCCUCCUGCAGCAGCUGGACACGAUUGACAAUGCGGCCUGCGGCUGGAUCCAGUUCAUGUCCAAGGUGAGCGUGGACAUCUUCAAGGGCUUUCCGGACGAGGAGAGCAUAGUCAACUACACGCUCAACCAGGCCUACCAGGACAACGUCACCGUGUUUGCCAGUGUGAUCUUCCAGACGCGCAAGGAUGGCUCUCUGCCGCCGCACGUGCACUAUAAGAUCCGCCAGAACUCCAGCUUCACCGAGAAGACCAACGAGAUCCGCCGCGCCUACUGGCGGCCCGGGCCCAACACCGGCGGCCGCUUCUACUUCCUCUACGGCUUCGUCUGGAUCCAGGACAUGAUGGAGCGCGCCAUCAUCAACACCUUCGUGGGGCACGAUGUGGUGGAGCCCGGCAACUACGUGCAGAUGUUCCCCUACCCCUGCUACACGCGCGACGACUUCCUGUUUGUCAUUGAGCAUAUGAUGCCUCUCUGCAUGGUGAUCUCCUGGGUGUACUCCGUGGCCAUGACCAUCCAGCACAUAGUGGCUGAGAAGGAGCACCGCCUCAAGGAGGUGAUGAAGACCAUGGGCCUCAACAACGCGGUGCACUGGGUGGCCUGGUUCAUCACUGGCUUCCUGCAGCUGUCCAUCUCUGUGACGGCACUCACUGCCAUCCUCAAGUACGGCCAGGUGCUCAUGCACAGCCAUGUGCUCAUCAUCUGGCUCUUCCUGGCUGUGUAUGCCGUGGCCACCAUCAUGUUCUGCUUCCUGGUGUCGGUGCUGUACUCCAAGGCCAAGCUGGCCUCAGCCUGUGGUGGCAUCAUCUACUUCCUGAGCUACGUGCCCUACAUGUAUGUGGCCAUCCGCGAGGAGGUGGCCCACGACAAGAUCACUGCCUUUGAAAAGUGCAUUGCGUCCCUGAUGUCCACCACAGCCUUUGGCCUGGGCUCCAAGUACUUUGCCCUGUAUGAGGUGGCAGGUGUGGGCAUCCAGUGGCACACAUUCAGCCAGUCUCCAGUGGAAGGUGAUGACUUCAACCUGCUCCUUGCUGUCACCAUGCUGAUGGUGGAUGCAGUUGUGUAUGGUGUGCUCACCUGGUACAUUGAGGCUGUGCACCCAGGCAUGUAUGGGCUGCCCCGGCCCUGGUACUUCCCACUGCAGAAGUCCUACUGGCUGGGCAGUGGGCGGACAGAGGCCUGGGAGUGGAGCUGGCCUUGGACACGUGCCCCCCGCCUCAGCAUCAUGGAGGAGGACCAGGCCUGUGCCAUGGAGAGCCGGCGCUUUGAGGAGACUCGCGGAAUGGAAGAAGAGCCCACGCACCUGCCCCUGGUUGUGUGUGUGGACAAGCUCACCAAGGUCUAUAAGAACGACAAGAAGCUGGCCUUGAACAAGCUGAGCCUCAACCUCUACGAGAACCAGGUCGUCUCCUUCCUGGGCCACAAUGGGGCAGGCAAGACCACCACCAUGUCCAUCCUGACUGGCUUGUUCCCACCAACCUCUGGCUCGGCCACCAUCUAUGGGCAUGACAUCCGCACGGAGAUGGACGAAAUCCGCAAGAACCUGGGCAUGUGUCCACAGCACAAUGUGCUCUUUGACCGCCUCACAGUGGAAGAGCACCUCUGGUUCUACUCACGGCUCAAGAGUAUGGCGCAGGAGGAGAUCCACAAGGAGAUGGACAAGAUGAUCGAGGACCUGGAGCUCUCCAAUAAACGGCACUCACUGGUGCAGACACUGUCGGGCGGCAUGAAACGCAAGCUCUCUGUGGCCAUAGCCUUUGUGGGCGGCUCCCGCGCCAUCAUCCUGGAUGAGCCCACUGCGGGUGUGGACCCUUACGCUCGUCGGGCCAUCUGGGACCUCAUUCUGAAGUAUAAGCCAGGCCGCACCAUCCUGCUGUCCACCCACCACAUGGAUGAGGCUGACCUGCUGGGGGACCGCAUUGCCAUCAUCUCCCACGGGAAGCUCAAGUGCUGUGGUUCCCCCCUCUUCCUCAAGGGCGCCUACGGCGAUGGGUACCGCCUCACACUGGUCAAGCGGCCUGCUGAGCCGGGGGCACCCCAAGAGCCAGGUCUGGCACCCAGUCCCCCAGGCCGGGCACCCCUGAGCAGCUGUUCCGAGCCCCAGGUGUCCCAGUUCAUCCGCAAGCACGUGGCCUCCUGCCUCCUGGUCUCCGACACCAGCACCGAGCUCUCCUACAUCCUGCCCAGUGAGGCUGCCAAGAAGGGGGCCUUCGAGCGCCUCUUCCAGCACCUGGAGCACAGUCUGGAUGCACUGCACUUGAGCAGCUUUGGGCUGAUGGACACCACCUUGGAGGAGGUAUUCCUCAAGGUGUCGGAGGAGGACCAGUCACUGGAGAACAGCGAGGCUGAUGUGAAGGAGUCCAGGAAGGACGUGCUUCCUGGGGCAGAGGGCCUAUUGUCCAGGGAGGGUCAGCCUGGCAACCUGGCCCAGUGCUCAGAGCUGGCCCAGUCGCAGGUGUCGCUGCAGUCUGUGUCCUCGGUGGGCUCUGCCCGUGGUGAUGAGGGAGCCGGCUAUGCUGAUGUCUGUGGCGACUACCGCCCGCUCUUGGACAACCUGCAGGACCCAGACAACAUCAGCCUGCAAGAGGCAGAAGCGGAGGCCCUCAUUCGGGUGGGCCAGGGCAGCCGCAAGCUGGAAGGCUGGUGGCUGAAGGUGCGGCAGUUCCACGGGCUCCUGGUCAAGCGCUUCCACUGUGCCCGCCGCAACUCCAAAGCUCUCUGCUCGCAGAUCCUGCUGCCUGCCCUCUUCGUCUGUGUGGCCAUGACUGUGGCCCUCUCUGUCCCUGAGAUCGGUGACCUGCCCCCGCUGGUCCUGUCGCCCUCCCAGUACCACAACUAUACCCAGCCCCGAGGCAACUUCAUCCCCUAUGCCAAUGAGGAGCGCAGGGAGUACCGGCUGCGACUGUCACCAGACGCCAGCCCCCAGCAGCUGGUGGGCACGUUCCGGCUGCCCUCCGGAGUGGGUGCCACCUGCGUGCUCAAGUCUCCCGCCAACGGCUCGCUGGGGCCCACGCUGAACCUGAGCAGCGGGGAGUCCCGCCAGCUGGCCGCGCGGUUCUUCGACAGCAUGUGCCUGGAGUCCUUCACACAGGGGCUGCCACUGUCCAACUUCGUGCCACCCCCACCCUCACCUGCCCCGUCCGACUCCCCCGUGUCCCUGGAUGAGGACCCGCUCCAGGCCUGGAACACCUCUCUGCCACCCACUGUAGGACCAGAGACGUGGACGUCCGCACCCUCCCUGCCACGCCUGGUGCGGGAGCCGGUCCGCUGCACUUGCUCUGCACAGGGCACCGGCUUCUCCUGCCCCAGCAGCGUGGGUGGGCACCCGCCCCAGAUGCGCGUGGUCACAGGAGACAUCCUGACAGACAUCACAGGCCACAACGUCUCCGAGUACCUGCUCUUUACCUCUGACCGCUUCCGGCUGCACCGGUAUGGGGCCAUCACCUUUGGCAAUGUCCAGAAGUCCAUCCCAGCUUCAUUUGGUGCCCGGGCCCCGCCCAUGGUGCGGAAGAUUGCAGUGCGCAGGGUGGCCCAGGUGCUCUACAACAACAAGGGCUACCACAGCAUGCCCACCUACCUGAACAGCCUGAACAAUGCCAUCCUCCGCGCCAACCUGCCCAAGAGCAAGGGCAGCCCCGCGGCCUACGGCAUCACUGUCACCAACCACCCUAUGAACAGGACCAGUGCCAGCCUCUCCCUGGAUUACCUGCUGCAGGGUACAGAUGUGGUCAUCGCCAUCUUCAUCAUCGUGGCCAUGUCCUUCGUGCCAGCCAGCUUUGUGGUCUUCCUCGUGGCUGAGAAGUCCACCAAAGCCAAGCACCUGCAGUUCGUCAGUGGCUGCAACCCCAUCAUCUACUGGUUGUCCAACUACGUGUGGGACAUGCUCAACUACCUGGUGCCAGCCACCUGCUGCAUCCUCAUCCUGUUUGUGUUCGACCUGCCGGCCUACACGUCCCCCACCAACUUCCCUGCGGUGCUCUCCCUGUUCCUGCUCUAUGGGUGGUCCAUCACACCCAUCAUGUACCCGGCCUCCUUCUGGUUCGAGGUCCCCAGCUCAGCCUACGUGUUCCUCAUCGUCAUCAACCUCUUCAUUGGCAUCACGGCCACUGUGGCCACCUUCUUGCUGCAGCUUUUUGAGCAUGACAAGGACCUGAAGGUGGUCAACAGUUACCUGAAAAGCUGCUUCCUCAUCUUCCCCAACUACAACCUGGGCCACGGGCUCAUGGAGAUGGCCUACAACGAGUACAUCAACGAGUACUACGCCAAGAUCGGCCAGCUGGACAAGAUGAAGUCCCCGUUUGAGUGGGACAUUGUCACGCGUGGGCUGGUGGCCAUGACAGUCGAAGGCUUUGUGGGCUUCCUUCUCACCAUCAUGUGCCAGUACAACUUCCUGAGACAGCCACAACGCAUGCCAGUGUCCACCAAACCUGUAGAGGACGACGUGGAUGUGGCCAGUGAGCGGCAGCGAGUGCUUCGUGGGGAUGCUGACAAUGACAUGGUCAAGAUUGAGAACCUGACCAAGGUAUACAAGUCCCGCAAGAUUGGCCGCAUCCUGGCUGUGGACCGUCUGUGCCUGGGCGUGCGUCCUGGCGAGUGCUUUGGCCUCCUGGGUGUCAACGGAGCGGGCAAGACCAGCACCUUCAAGAUGCUGACUGGUGACGAGAGCACCACAGGGGGCGAGGCCUUUGUGAACGGGCACAGCGUGCUCAAGGAGCUGCUCCAGGUCCAGCAGAGCCUCGGCUACUGCCCGCAGUUCGACGCCCUGUUCGACGAGCUCACAGCCCGUGAGCAUCUGCAGUUGUACACGCGGCUGCGUGGCAUACCCUGGAAGGAUGAGGCGCGGGUAGUGAAGUGGGCUCUGGAGAAGCUAGAGCUGACCAAGUACGCGGACAAGCCGGCUGGCACCUACAGCGGCGGCAACAAACGGAAGCUAUCCACUGCCAUUGCGCUCAUCGGGUACCCUGCCUUCAUCUUCCUGGAUGAGCCCACCACGGGCAUGGACCCCAAGGCCCGGCGCUUCCUCUGGAACCUCAUUCUCGACCUCAUCAAGACAGGCCGUUCAGUGGUCUUGACGUCUCACAGCAUGGAGGAGUGUGAGGCCCUGUGCACGCGCCUGGCCAUCAUGGUGAAUGGACGCCUGCGCUGUCUGGGCAGCAUCCAGCACCUGAAAAACAGGUUUGGAGAUGGCUACAUGAUUACUGUGCGCACCAAGAGCAGCCAGAAUGUGAAGGACGUGGUGCGGUUCUUCAACCGGAACUUCCCGGAGGCUGUGCUCAAGGAGCGACACCACACCAAGGUGCAGUACCAGCUCAAGUCGGAGCACGUCUCUCUGGCCCAGGUGUUCAGCAAGAUGGAGCAGGUGGUGGGCGUGCUGGGCAUCGAAGACUACUCGGUCAGCCAGACCACCCUGGACAAUGUGUUUGUGAACUUUGCCAAGAAACAGAGUGACAACUUGGAACAGCAAGAGACUGAGCCACCCUCAGCCCUGCAGUCCCCCCUCGGGCGCCUGCUCAGCCUGCUGAGGCCCCGACCAGCCCCCACUGAGCUUCGUGCACUGGUGACAGAUGAGCCAGAGGACCUAGACACAGAGGACGAGGGCCUCAUCAGCUUUGAGGAGGAGAGGGCCCAGCUCUCCUUCAACACGGACACCCUCUGCUGACUGCCAGCAGCCAUGUCAGGGAUGCGGCUGGGAACAGGAGUCAAGCGGUGGCUGAGGCCCUACCUAUGCCCCUCGUGCCCACCGCCAGGCCCUGGAGAGGGAGAUUCAAGACCAAGGGGCUUUCUGCCUCCUCCAGCUACCACCGUCCUGAGGCCUGCCCUGAUUGUGCCAAAGGCUGGCCCGGCCCUGGGUUGUGCACACCCUCACCCUGCUUUGCCUUAAACCCCCGGGGUCUGGCCCGGCCCCUCUCCUCGCCCAGCUCCACCAACCCUUCUCCGCAGCAGCCGGGUCAGGCUGGCUUCUCUUCAGCUGACCCUGAUGCCAUAGCCGCAGGGCCAGGGGCUGGGACUGUUCAUCUAUUUAUUUUGCUUUAAGAAGGGGCUCCCUUGCCCUGCUGCCCGGCAGGAAGGUGGCCACCCAUGGGAAGCUGUGGACAUGGCUGGGGCUGCCUUGGCCGCUGRCAAAGUUGCAGUAAUGGACAAGCUGGCCCUGCUGGUCAGGCGAGGGGCUAAAGCCCUCCCUGCCCCCUCCAGCUGCCUUUUCUCGCCCGCCCAGCUUGGCCCCGCCCGCACCCACCUGGGGGCCGGACCUGUGCAGAGCACACAGAUGUUUGUUUUCAAUAAAUAAGCAAAACUCA